CGUGUUUGCACAACUGCUUCGAGAAAUUGAAUUUUCUAUACGUACACCAUACUUGAAAUCAGAAAUAUUGAAAUAUUUUGGGCUCAUUUUUUCUUUAAUUUCCGAAAGAAAUAUGUCUAGCGAAGCUAGGGAAUUAAAGGGCGGUCAUCCGCCAGCUGGUAGGUCAAAUUUGAAGCAAAUUUAGCGCCUUUCUCGUGUUUAAAUUUACGUUCAAAAGUGUGAUAAUCUGCACGCAUGUGUUUUAAGAAUAGUCCCUCAUUGUUUUUCUAAACCAAUUGUUUUUAUUUUCAGUAAAGGCAGGUGGGAUGAGAAUUACGUCGAAAGCGCAUCCACCACACCAGCAAACUCCCGAGCAAAAGGCCGAAGAUAAGAAAUUUAUGGAAGAAGAGCAAAUAGCAGAAAAUGUAGAAGAAAAGUAAGAUUGUUUAUUUGGAAAUGUAAACUUGUAAACAUAUUAAGUAUGACAUUAUUGUUAUACUUUUAUAAUAACAAUUCAUGCCGCCGGUGGUGUUGGAUGGGGACAUGCCUGUCAAAGGUUGUGGUUCGCACUCAAGGGGGGUACCAAGCACAACCUGGAAUAGUAAAUCUUGUUAAUCUAUAAAGCUGUUAACUCUUGUUAAUCUAUAAAGCUGAGGCCCCAUUAGGGUAUCUAUGUCGCUCAUCUGAUUUUCAAAACAAGUAAUGUCGUCACCUGAAAAAAUUGUCCAGACUGUAAAGUUUUGGUGAAAAAUUUAUCCUGUGCAAAAAUUCUUCCAAAUAUAUACACCCUUUCGAUAAUUACUGUUUUCAACAUAGGACCAUCUUAAAUGGAAAGGAUUUCAAGUUUUUUUCUCAUGGGCUAUGCACAGAGAAGCAGAACAUCCUUCAACACAUGCGGGAAAAAAAUUUGGAUUUUGAUCAUAAAUAUGGAAAUAAGCAUUAACACAAAAAUGAGGCUCCUGGUCAUGCCACAUUUAUUGGUCAAAAUAAAGAAUUCUUUUUCAUGCAUGUGUUGAAGAAGGCAUAGCCCAUGAGAAAAAAACUUGAAAUCAUUUCCAUUUAAGGUGGUCCUAAGUUGAAAACAGUCUAGUUGUGAUGUAAUUGUUGAAAGGGUGUAUUAUGGAAAUCUGCACAAUUUUUUUUCAAAUUGUAAUACAGCAAUUUGCGUCCAAGCACAAACCGCAAACAUUUUCGCGCGUUUUUUUACGUUUGAAACGGGGUGUUUACCGUUGGAAACUGGAAUGUAUUCACCGCUCAUGUGACGUGUCAGUGAAAAGCUUUAAGCUAUUUUUGGCGCAACUGUCAUGUUUUGAUGUGCUUCCGUGCACGUUUCAAUAUUUCCAAGCCCACGAUAAUACGUUCUAGUCACAAAAAGUAUGAAUAUAAACAAGUUUGGUCGCUCUUGCAAUAUCGUGAGCUUGGAAAUACUGAAACGUACGCAAAAGCACAUCAAAACAUGAAAAAUAACUGAAUUAGGCUUUGAACUGUAACACGUCGCAUGAGCAGUGAAACAUUUCCGUUUCCAACGGUAAACACCCCGUUUCAAACGUAAACAAACGCGCGAAAAUGUUUGCGGUUUGUGCUUGGACGCAAAUUGCUGUAAACUGCAAAUAUUUCCUGAAGAACUUGCACAAAAUGCCUUUGUGAACCAAGAACCAAGCGGAUUUCUGAUCUUCCUAUUUGCCGAAAACACUUUCUGACUGUGGGAUCCCUUGGUUGCUUUUUCUGUUAAAAUAUCUGACCUGAUCACCUCACUAAUGGUGUCUCAUAUCCAGUCUUAAACUGACCAAUAAUCAUCUUUGCAUAUUUUUAUUUUUCAGGCAACCAAACAAAAUGUUAGUGUCGGGAGCGGAAGUGAAUGUUAAUGAGGUGUCUAAGCCAGACUCUGUAAAACACUUCCAUGACAAGCCACAGCCGACUGUUGAGAAACCUGUUAAGCAACAUGGACAUCAACAUAAAAUACAGCAGCCAAGAAAACAGUGAAUUAAAUUCAAAUAUAAACAUUCAAUUGGAAAGGACGCUAUUAUGCACAUAAAUAAUUGCACAAAAACAUUGCGUUAUGUAUUUAAAAUUGAGUUCAAAUAUAUAUGUUAAAGCAAGAAUGCCCAAGGUCUAGUUUGUAUAACCAAGUUUCAAAAUACACAGCUUGAUUAAAUUUGUUGCUCAAAGUCUCUGCCUGGCUGUGUGCCAGAUAUGUCCAUGUAGAAAAGCUCAUGUUGUUGUUUAUAACCAAAUCUUUUUGUCACAUGAAAUGGCACACAAUUGCUAAUUCUGACACAGAUAAAUUGUACAUUCUAUAUGGGGC